AUGUCAAGCAUGGAAGGAAGCUGUAGCGGACCUCGCUGGACGGAGCAUGAAAACAACCCGGCACCUGAGGUUAUGGUUCACUCAGCCCCUGAGCCCGUUCAUAUCCCAAUGAACGUUGGAGACAAUGGCAGCAAUAAUGGCAUCCCGGUUGAGCCAGAUGGAGAUAUUGCCGUGCCGAACGAUGCUGAACGGGCAGUCCGGCUCGACCCUGAGCGACGCUUGCGCUUAUGGAACUGGAAAAUAAUCACCGGCACUUGCAUCGGACUGAUUAUCCUCGUCAUCGUGAUCCCAGUUGCCGUCACGGUCACUGCGACCAAUCGAGGCCGUAACGGUGACAACGCCGAGACCACUGCCGCUCUGUCAGCCACGUCAUUUCCUGGAUCUUCUAUCACAUCCUCGUCCUAUACAACGGUCCCAUCUCCUUCCUCGACACCGAAUCAUGUAAGCAAUUUACUUUACCGUUGUCAACUGGCCAUCGAAUAUUUGCUAGCUCCUGAAUGCGUCCGAACAAAUUUUAUCAAGUCCAUCACUUGGAUCGGCAUCGACCAGAGUAUGGGCGGCUGGGACUUCAAUCUACACCCGGCUAGAACUGCCGAGGAAUGCUGCACCAUAUGUCACCAGUCAACCCACGACGGAUGCAACGGAUGGCUGUACAUGCCCGAGAAAUCCUUCACCCCCGAGUGUUCCAUUAUACAUGGAUUCAGCGGUCCGACGAAGAGUGACUCCUGCCCAAAUGGCCGUCCCGGUAUUGUUUUUGCAAAGACAGCCGACAAAGACAGCUAUGGAGGACCAGGCCCUUGUGCGGGCUUAGUGCGGGGAUGA